GAUCCAAUCAGCCUUUGCUCGCAAGAAAAUCCACAAUGUCUUCGACAUUCAGCGGAGAUGAAACCGCUCCUUUCUUCGGCUUCCUCGGCGCUGCUGCUGCCCUUGUUUUCUCCUGUAUGGGAGCUGCAUAUGGAACAGCGAAGAGUGGUGUUGGUGUUGCAUCGAUGGGUGUGAUGAGGCCAGAGCUGGUGAUGAAGUCGAUCGUUCCUGUUGUUAUGGCUGGUGUGUUGGGUAUUUAUGGCUUGAUCAUUGCUGUUAUCAUCAGUACUGGUAUUAACCCUAAGGCCAAGUCGUAUUACCUCUUUGAUGGUUAUGCUCAUCUUUCCUCUGGUCUCGCUUGUGGUCUCGCUGGCCUCUCUGCUGGAAUGGCAAUUGGGAUCGUCGGUGAUGCUGGUGUUAGAGCAAAUGCGCAGCAGCCAAAACUUUUUGUUGGGAUGAUCCUCAUUCUUAUCUUUGCUGAAGCACUGGCCCUCUAUGGCCUCAUUGUUGGUAUCAUAUUGUCUUCUCGAGCUGGCCAAUCCAGAGCAGACUGAGAAGGAUUUGUGUUUUUUUACCUUGUGUCCUUUUGUAUUGCUUUGUGGUAACCAUAUUCGGAAAGAUGAAAAAAAUUUAUAAGUUUUAAAUCUUCUUAGGUUAGAACAGCACUCGAGAGUUCUUCAAAUUUCUCUUGAAUUUGAAGAUUGUUGCUCAAAAUACACUCAUUUUUUGGCUGCUCAUUGCUGUUUAUAGAGUAGUUAGACUGAGUAUAUCUCUGCAGAAUAAAAUCUCAUGAAGGUGUCUCUGUUCGGUUUUUAUCUAUCGCGACUUCAGACCAGUGUGGAGUCUAUUGUCUUGGAACUACUGUGUUGUAUCAAUUUUUUUUCUAUGAAAUCUUUGGUUCGACUAAUAUUUUUUGUUAUGAAAUUUUACCGGUAUUCUUCUA